GCGGCGGCGGUGGCGGCCGGUCCGGGCCGGAGGGCGCCUGCGUGCUGAGGCGGGACACGGCCCGGCUGGCCGGCUCCGGCGGCGCCUGGGCGGGGCGGCGCGGCGGCGGCAGGCCAGGCGGCGGCGGCGGGCGGCGGUUGCUGGAGCGCGGCGGCGGCGGCCCCGGCGGCGCCGAGGGCGGCGGGAGCGGCGGCGGCGGCGGCGGGCGCGGGCGGCGGGCGGGGGAAGAUGGCGGAGCUCGGUAAGAAGUACUGCGUGUACUGCCUGGCCGAGGUGAGCCCGCUGCGCUUCCGCUGCACCGAGUGCCAGGACAUCGAGCUGUGCCCCGAGUGCUUCUCGGCCGGCGCCGAGAUUGGCCACCACCGCCGCUACCACGGCUACCAGCUGGUGGACGGCGGGCGCUUCACGCUUUGGGGGCCCGAGGCCGAGGGCGGCUGGACCAGCCGCGAGGAGCAGCUGCUGCUGGAUGCCAUCGAGCAGUUCGGCUUCGGGAACUGGGAAGACAUGGCCGCUCACGUCGGAGCUUCCCGGACUCCCCAGGAAGUGAUGGAGCAUUACGUAAGCAUGUACAUCCACGGCAACCUGGGGAAGGCCUGCAUCCCCGACACCAUCCCCAACCGGGUGACAGACCACACCUGCCCCAGUGGAGGCCCCCUGUCUCCCAGCCUCACCACCCCCUUGCCUCCCCUAGACAUCUCGGUGGCCGAGCAGCAGCAGCUGGGCUACAUGCCGCUGCGGGACGACUACGAGAUUGAGUACGACCAGGACGCUGAGACGCUCAUCAGCGGGCUCUCGGUCAACUACGACGACGACGACGUGGAGAUCGAGCUCAAGCGCGCCCACGUGGACAUGUACGUGCGGAAGCUCCGGGAGCGGCAGCGGCGCAAGAACAUCGCCCGCGACUACAACCUGGUGCCCGCCUUCCUGGGCAAGGACAAGAAGGACCGGGAGCGGGCGGCCAAGCGCAAGGUCACCAAGGAGGAGCGCGAGCUGCGGCUGAAGCUGCGGCCGCUGUACCAGUUCAUGUCCUGCAAGGAGUUCGACGACCUGUUCGAGAACAUGCACAAGGAGAAGGUGCUGCGCGCCAAGAUCCGCGAGCUGCAGCGCUACCGGCGCAACGGCAUCACCAAGAUGGAGGAGUCGGCCGAGUACGAGGCGGCCCGGCACAAGCGCGAGAAGCGCAAGGAGAACCGGGGCGCGGCGGGCGCCAAGCGGGGGCGGGAGGACGCCAAGGACGGCGAGUUCGCCGCCAUCGAGCACCUGCCGGGCUUCGAGCUGCUGUCCGACCGCGAGAAGGCGCUGUGCAGCUCCCUCAGCCUGAGCCCCGCGCGCUACGUGACCGCCAAGACCAUCAUCAUCAAGGACCACCUGCAGAAGCGACAGGGGAUCCCCUCCAAGAGCCGCCUGCCCAGCUACCUGGACAAGGUCCUAAAGAAAAGGAUUUUGAAUUUCCUCACGGAGAGCGGCUGGAUAUCCAGGGAUGCUUCCUGAGGCCGGUGCCCUGACGCUGCGGCCGCCGGCAG